AUGCAUCAUUUUUGGUUCGAUAACUUCCCGCCUAAGAAGGCGGCGACAAAGGUGAAAAAGAAGGCAAAGAAGAAGAAGCAGCCGAUCACUGACAAUGAGAAUCCGUUCCUUAAUGAUCUCUCCCCAGCCCAACAAAAAAUGGCUGAGGCUGCUGACCGUAAGCUGAAGAAUGAUCAGGAGCGUCACAAGUCCGGUCCGUUGUUCUUGAUGGUUCUACCAGGCAAGAUGGAGGGCACCUACAUCCUAGUGUGUCGCAAGAAGUUUGGACAAUUGGCUCAUAACGUCUUGAAGGGCUUGGUCCCCUUUCUUACUCAUCACCUGUAUGAGCCAACUCUGACAAAAACCGAACAAGCCCUUCUGGAGGCUACCGCAUCGCCAGACGCGGUGGAAGAAGCACUAGAGUUUCUGGAUGAUGUUAUGGAAGAUGCAAUGGAUGUCUAUGACGGCCAGCUCUCGAUUGAUUUGGACAUGGCUAACAACAAAGACAUUGAUGAUGGGAAGACCGUGACGGGAAUGAUGGACAAGAUGCAGGAAUGA